AUGGCAAAAAGCAAGUCUUCUGGCCUUGCUUCCUUCAUUCUUUUCCUCGCUGCGAUUCUGCAACUUCUCAAUGUAUAUGCAGCUGAGACAGAUAUUGACUCAAGUCGAAGUUUUGCGAAGCCUGUGAUGAGCAGUGUGACAGCCGAAUUCAUCCAGUUUCUGAGGCAGCAUGAACAGGUAUUCCAAGCUGUGGAACAGAUUGCUGCAGAAGAUGAAGACGAAAUGAACGCACAAGAAGAAGACACUCAACUCUCGCAGGGAGAUGUCAGCGUUCUUCAAUCUGGACAAGGAUCAGCUCGAGAUUAUGAGAUCGAACCUGCUUCCUACAUCAUCCACGUGGCCUUGCAAUCAACAGAUGCCAUCACAACAGCCAUUGGCCACUGGGUGGACCGUACGUCACAACUUCCAGAGUUUUUCCCUCGAGUUGCUGGGGUGGCAAUGGCAGCAGGCUCAGACAUUGACAUUGAGAAAGUGAGAGCCAAUGCGGCUCUACUACAACGGGAUUUGACACAAACAUACCAGCAACUUUUUGUGCACUUCGGAGGGCAUCUGCUACAACAAGGCCGCAUCCUGGCAAUUGCCUCCGUAGAUGGAUCUGCUGAGAAUCAAGUACAUUCUGUCAGCAUGACAGAAUUCUUGCUUGGUGCCGGUGCCAGCAGAAGUAGGGAAUUCCCUUUCGUUACAGAAGAGCUGGUCAAUGCACAGAUGAUGGAGCACAGCUGGAGCAGUCACAUAGUAGUACCGCAUCGGGCCAUUGCCACAAUCAGUCUUCCAGAAACUCCCACUCCAAUUGAUCAAGUGGUGGUGAUACAAGCAAUUCAGGUACCUGCAACAGUUCCAUUGGUCCUGGGACAACUCCUGCUGGACGGAGAAUUGCAUGGCUCUCAAACCUUCCGAGAUUUUGAUUGGGUGAUUUUCUUCGCACAACCUGUUUGUAACCGGCUUGCUGGACUUCCUUCACGAUGUUGCCUGAGCUUCGCUGAGGAAACCACGUUGAUCUUCUACCCCAACGGGAACAAAGACGCGAGCGAUGGUUUUUGCUCCAUUUCCUUGCGAAUUCCCGAGGGUGCACAGCUAUCGAGAGUCCUAUACAUCAAUCAUGAUGCCUUCGGCCCCAACAUCGUGAAGCAGGCGGUCGAGGGCUACACCAAUGCGUGCCGCGUCAUCAAGCCCUCGUCUGCGCUGCGUGGCACGGCGGCGGAUAUCCUGGUACUGGGCGUGAAAGAGAUCUACCAAUACGGUUGGGCUUCUGAUCCCAUGUUGGAGAAGGUGCUCUUGAUCGGUGACGCGCCCGCAGCAGAGAUCAACUUCCAGUUGUUGCGAGAGCUUCGGGACAGAGAAGCCCAGCAAGAGAGGCAAAGGAAGUUGGAGGUGGAAACCAGGCGGCAAGAGGAGGAAAGACAAAGGCAGGAGGCGGCAGCGAAUUUGGAGCGGGAGGAGGCAGCGCGAGAGGCGGCGGCACUGCAAGAGGUAGUGAAUGCCAUGCCAGAGCCUGUGGUGGCGGAAGAGGUGCUGAUGCAAGGUGCUGUUAAGGCAGCCCAGGCGAGAGCGGAGAAGGCGGCCAAGCUGGAGAGUCCGGAAGAGAGGGCAGAGAGAGAAAAGAAGGAGCAGGCUCUGGCUUGGCUCUUAGAUUACCAGCGGAGACAAGCCGAGGAGAAGGAGGAGGCAGAGAGGCAGCGUCUGGAGAGGGAGCAAGCAGAGAACGAGGUGAAGCGGGAGGCCGAAGAAAAGCAGAACGCGGCGGAACAGAAGGAGUUGGAAGAGAAGCAACGGAGAGCCCAAGAAGAGCAGAUCGAGCGCCGCACGCGCGAGCUGGGAGAACAACGAAGACGCGAGGAGGAAGAACGACGCCGUGUUGCAGAGGAAGAACGAAGGUUGGACGAGGAAUUGCGGCGUGCAGAGGAGGAGGCAAGUCGCUUGGAAGAACAGCGCCUGAGAGAGGCUGAGGAGCGGCGAAAGAGGCUCGAAGAUGAGAGUCGCAGAUUGGAAGCAGAGAGGCGACAGCAAGAGGAGCAGAAAAGGAAAGAAGCGGAAAGAGCGCGAUCUCGGCAGGAAGAACUGCGGCGCUUGGAGGAACAACGUCGUGCCUUCGAGCGAGCCGAAGAGGAGCGUUUGAAAGCAGAAGCAAAGCGACAAAAGGAAGCGGAGGAGGCCAAGCAAAGGGCAGAAGAGGAAGAACGCAAAGAGGAGGAGAGGAGACGUUUGGCAGAAGAAGAGGUGGCGAUCGGUUCCGGUUUCUCAGCAACUCGUGCACUGCGCAGGCUGGCUCUGGCGAGCCCUCGCUGGGUGCCACCGUUAUCACCACUUCCGUCACCACUUCCUCCCAUGGGCCCCAUGGGCCUGACAGGGAUGCAGGGGAUGACGCCUCGCUUGCUACCGAUGCCGCCACAGCACCUCAAUAAGCCCAGCUUCGUUCACCCGCCGCCGCAAGAUGGCUUUGAGAUGGAGGAAGAAGAUUUCAAGGAGCUACAAACGCUCCACCAAGAGCUGGUCGAUUCUCACAAUGAGCUGAGAAACGAACAUGCGCACCUGCUGAAAGCGCAUGAAGAUUUGAUCAUUGCGAUGAGACAGAAUGCGACCAACGGAGCUGAAAAAAACUUGAAGAGGCAUCCGGCGCUGGGUGUGGUGCGCUUAGAUUACGAGUAUCCUCCUGCGCCCGGGGAUUCUGAUCAUCCAGGGAGCUUUGGCUACGACGUCUACUAUCGUUGCGUGCCGGGGCUCACCUUUGAAAUGUGCCAGUCGGGCCAAUUCACCGAGCUGGUGGAGCGUCGCUUUGCGGAUGCCAUCAAGCACCUUGAGGCGCGUGGUGCGUCGGCCAUCACUGGAGACUGCGGUUUCAUGAUGGCCUUUCAAGUCCUGGCCAGGAAGAUUGCGAGUAAACCCAUCUUCAUGUCCUCGAUGGUACAGUGUCCCAUCAUCGCAGCAUCGCUGGAUCCAGAUGAUGACAUCCUGAUUUUGACGGCCAAUAGCGAGUCUUUGAAACCACAGAAGGAAAUUCUCUUGACGAGUUGUGGCUUUGAUGUCAGCAAGGAGAGGUUCCAUAUCCAUGGCUGCGAAGACGUACCGGGCUUCGAAGCGGUGUCCUUGGGCCAAAAGGUGGAUGUGGAAAAGGUGCAGCCAGGCAUCCUUCAGCUGGUCAAGGGAAUUAUCAAGGAGAAACCUGAGAUUCGAGCCAUUCUCUUGGAAUGCACCGAGCUGCCCCCCUACGCCGACGCGCUGCGCUACCACACCGGGCUGCCCGUUUGGGAUGCCAUCACUGCGGCGGAUUUCUACGUCACGGCCUUCCGGGACGAGCCACGCUUCGGGCAACAGGACUGGCAACGUGAGUGGGAUGGACAGCAGGAGGCCUAUGAACUCGGUGAUCAUUUGACAAAAGAUGAGCAGGCUCUGUUGGUGAAUAAGGCGCAGAAGAAUCUGGGGAAGAAGGUGGAGGCGCUCAGCAAGGGGCAACAGAUUGAGCAGAUUCAAAAGAAGGUUCGAAGACAGCAAGCUCCAAUCUUAGGUGUCAUCCGCUUAGACUACAACUACCCACCUGCACCUGGCGAUGUGGACUUCCCGGGGACCUACAACUACGACGUGCUCUUCCGCGUGGUGCCUGGCUUCACCUUCGCCAUGGCCCAGUCCGGGCAACUCUCCGAGGACGUGGAACAGGAGUUCAUCGAUGCCGUGAAGUGGCUGGAGAUGCGUGGUGUGGCAGGGAUCACGGGGGACUGCGGCUUCAUGAUGGCCUUCCAACCUUUGGCUAGUAGCAUUGCGUCGGUUCCGGUCUUCAUGAGUUCAAUGAUGCAGAGUCCUAUGAUUUCCGUUGCCUUCGACAAAUAUGACAAGGUCUUGAUUUUGACGGCCAACGACGAAUCCUUGAAGCCGCAGAAAGAGACGCUGCUACGGCAGUGCGGAUUCAAUGUCGAUGAUCAGCGCUUCAUGAUCGUCGGGUGUCAGAAUGUGCCUGGCUUCAAUGCCGUUGCUGAAGGGAGGAAGGUGGAUGUGGAGUAUGUCACUCCAGGGAUCGUGUACUUGGUGAAACAGCAUUUGAAGAAACACCCCUCUGUGCGCGGGAUCUUGCUGGAAUGUACAGAGCUCCCACCCUACGCUGAUGCUCUGCGCGACGAGACGGGGCUGCCGGUCUUUGAUGCCAUUACCAACGCGGAUUUCUUCAUCUCAGCCAGAAUGGAUAACCCACGCUUCGGAUUCAACCAGUGGCAAUUGGGAUGGGAUGGCAUCCAGGACACCUAUGAGUUUGGCAGCAAUCUUUCCUUCAAAAGGGCGUCGAAACUCUUGAGCUGA